AUGAGCCAGUGGUUGGCCUUCAUGUUGGCACUGUUGAGAUUGUUGUUCUUCAUGGUGUUUUCCAAAGCCCCCAAUUGUCGAGUUAUACCUCGUUGCAAAAACGGCAGUUCCCCAAUCCCCAACUCCCGGUAUCAACUGUUUGAAGUGGGGCGGCGGGUCGGUGAAUCGAGACCGCAGAAGCCCCCACGAAAGCCGACCGGUGCCUGCCAAGCCCGCUUGACCGAUCGGCCGUCGAUGGAGCGCCGGGCUACACGGACCCCCGCUCUAUCCCGAAGCAGGCCGGAUGCCCUCUGCCACAACACCGAGGGUCCAGCCUCAAUAGCAAACCAGGUAUCUCUGCGGACCCGUGGACAGCCUGCCUCAACCACGGAGCGCGCCGACGUCCAGUCGGACUGGUCCAUAAAUGUAAACUUCCGCGGCUUUGGAAUCGAUCUGCAUUUUUGACUCGUGUGAGCGGAAUGUGGCCUGAAACAGGCUCAGCAGCACAGCACAAAAUAAUGCGUGACGAGUCGAGGUGAGGCCAUGAAGAUGAUGUUUUUGGUAUUGGUGGGAAGGAUGACGGCCUACCGAACUACGUUAUUGACGACGGAACAUAUUGUAUGCACCAUGGUUCAAAGGGUACUAUUUUUCGUCAUUACACCGUAACCCACGGCUGACGAGGCUACAGUAAGUACAUGACUUUCCGAGGAACCAGGCGCUCUUGAGGGAUGAAGAUGGAACGGUCAGAGAGUAGUGAG